AUGCCAAAUGAUCUUCAGAAUCCUGAUAAACCGAUUGUAUUUCGUCAUAUGCCAAUUAACAGAAAGUUUUCGGAUAAUAUUGAAAUUGAUUAUAUGGUCAAUAAGUACGGACAUAAAUUGAUUACAUUAAGUACAGCGAAUACUUAUUCGUACGAGAAAGUGUCGAUGAGUUUGCGUGAUUAUAUUAAUUUGCAACAAAAACCAAACAAAAAUACAUUAGGAAAUGAAACAUUAUAUUGGUUUGGGGGUCAUCAUAAUGAUAAAUGGUUAAAUCAAAUUCUCAAACACUAUAAUUCUAUUCCAUACACUGUUGGAGAUUUUACUAAACCGUCCUAUAGUUUUGGAAUAGCUGCACAAAAUACAGGAGUACCAUUUCAUUUUCAUGGUCCAGGUUUUCAGCAAAUUAUUCAAGGGAGAAAACAUUGGAUUCUCUCCAAACCACUAGAAAAACCAAAUUUUAAUCCAAACGAGACUACAGGUGAAUGGAUAGUGAAAGAAAGACAACAAAAACAACGAAAUAAGAAUACCAUUAAAUAUUAUGAAUGCAUAUUGAAUCCAGGUGAUAUUAUCUAUUUUCCAAAUCGAUGGUGGCAUGCAACAUGGAAUUUAGAUUUUACAGUUUUUAUAUCGACAUUUCUGAGCCAAUAA